CGCUCUGAAGCUCACCGCUCUGUUGUUGGAGUCACUGAUCUCUGGCAUAUAAUUUUUCUUUCCAUCUUCAGUUUUCCUCACUGCGACAUGAUCAUGCGAACUCUACCUCUUUCUUACCGCUUCGCUCCGCGCACUGUCCUCGCCAAUGUCGUAAAAGUAGAGAAAGCAAAAAAAAAAAUCUUUUCUUCCAUAUUGAAUAUAUUCUUACCGAACCACACGACUUCUCGCCAAACUCUUCCUAAUCCGUUACCCACGCACACGCCCUCAUAAUCCUCCGAAUUGCUGACUUGUGCUCAUCUAACCACGCCUUACCCCGUAUGAUUGGCCGCAGAAGCCAGCACCUUGCUGACGCGCAUCCUGCGAGUAUCACGACAGCAUAUACUGGCUGGAUUGAAAAUUUAUGCGAACUCUAGAAUGUGUGAUGUGUGCUUUUACGGGCUUGCUGAUAUUAUUCUCUUUUUUUACUUAGAACAUAAGGUGCAAGAAUAGUCCUUUGGAUUGUUCAGCCUUGAAGGACGUCAGGGAUUUCGAGUUGGGCUGAGACAGGCUUUUUUUUUUGGCUGCGGAGUUCGUGAUAGGGCUGGUGCGCCCGGUGAAAUGACCUGCUGCCUUUGGCUAUUCCUACGUAUUUGUGUGUGAUGUGGUGGUAAAGGCGGUGGUGCAGGGGGGUGCGAAGCUGAGAUUGAUAGGUGAGGCUGAGACUGAGGUGUCUGUUGUGUUGGACACGCUGUAUAUAGAGGGGUGUAUGGACAGCGUUUGUCAUGGACCCACUCGUGUAGUCAUCCGUUGACUUGAGCACUUCUUGAUAUUACUUUGGUUGUUGAGUUUAGUUUUGUGGGACACUUAGACAGGAGAGGACUAUCCUUGUCUUGCUAUCCUGCACCGUGUGGGGAGAUACCCUUGGUUGCCUCACACAAGGCUUUGCGUGUCUCGAGACGAACCUCUGACUCUAUUCUCUAAAUUUGCAAGUAUCGGAAUAGCGAGAGAACCCAAAAAAUAAUGGUGUAUUCAGAUAUUCAUCUUCCACUUCGUCAGUGCCCCACUCUCCUUCUCGCGCAAGUCCAACUCAUACCCUUAUCACUAACACACUUAACAGCCGGCUUCAUAGCCCUAGACUGGACCCUCAUGACCAUCGCUCUUAUUCCAAUCCUCAUCCGCAUAUCCCUUCGAACAAGAAACCUCAGCAAAUACACCACUUCCACGAACAUAGCCGACUUCUUCGUCAUUCUCGCCUGGCUCUCAGGUAUCGUCCUGAUCAGUAUAAACACAUGGAAGAACAACCUCCGCAUGUCAUAUUUGUCAACUCCACCCUCAGACCUCUACUACGGCGUUCCUAAGCCACUUUCUGGCCACCUACUCUACGUAUCCUGGAUCAGCCUGUUCUUCAUAUACAUUAGCCUAUGGAGUGCAAAGGCCGCUUUCCUCGCCUUCUACUACUCCUUCUCGUCACUUCGCGGUCGCGCAGCGCAGUACGCUCUCGCAGCAGCUUGCAUAUUCACAUUCUUAACCUUUUUGCUGCACAUGUUUCUGAUAGCAUUCUGGUGCACGCCCGUGUCGUCCAACUGGUCGCCACCGCCUGGUGAACAUCUCUGUUCGGCCGUGCACUCGAUUUCUUCAGUUACCAUUUCCACUUUCGCAAACGUAGCAACAGAUCUGGUGAUCCUGAGUAUACCCAUCUCAACGCUGUUGGCGACGCGCCUGGGCCGAACGGAGUGCGCCGGUCUCGCUUUCGUGUUUUUGAUGGGUGGUGUUUCGGUCAUUGCAGCGCUGGUUCGCUUUAUUUGCUUGAAACUUAUACAAUCUUCGCCGAAAGCGAGUAUCACGCAUACGAUUGAUGUAUGGGCAUUGGUGGAGAUCGUGUCCUCGAUUUUGGCGGUGUGUUUACCCUCAUUGAGGAUGUUUGCCAGACGUCACGGCUUAGGGGUGGAGAGUGGUGUGGCGAAGCUAGUGAGUGAUGUGAGUGAGAAUUCGAGAUCGCGGAGGAGUGGUGCACUGGCGAGAGUGGAGACUGAGAAGUCUGUGGAGGUGGAGUGUUAUGCACAUAAUCAAUGA